AUGGGCGCACCUGAACCAACAAUCAUCGACGAACUUCCCGCCUACUCCCACAUCGACGCAGCAGAACCCACCCUCGCGUCGCACAAAUAUCACCUAAGUCACGGAGACUCGGCGCCCUGGCUUACUCUCACACUCGUCUCACAUGCGGCCCGUGCCAGCCAAGGUUACAACAGCCUACCUGUGUACGUCGUAGGUCAGCCUAUGCGCGGGUCGAUCGCCCUCGCGCUGCCGAAGGAGGAUGCGAUUGAGGCGAUCCGUGUGAUAGUUGAUGGAUACGUGACGCGCACGGAAACCUACGAGCUCGAGCGCAUUCCGUUUGCGAGGGUCGCGCAGACUGUGUGGGAUCGCGGUAUGGGCGACCCGCGCGGGUCCUCGGCCAUGGCCUCAGAGCCAUACAAGGGGAAAUUGUCGGGCAAUUUCGAAUGGCCUUUCGCGAUCACGUUGCCAAACACGGCGGAGAUCUCGCUCAAGGACAAGGACGUCGGGGAGGGUGUUCGCGAAUAUCCGCUUCCACCCGCGUUCCAUGGAAAGGGCAGCUUCAAGUGGGCGGUCGCGUAUGAGGUCAAGGUGAAGGUCGAGCGCGCGUUCUUUCGCCCGAACGACAGUCUGGCGGUGCCGGUCGGGUACGUGCCUGCGGUCAAGCCGGACCCCGCGUCGUACCUACGCCAAACGGCAUACGAAGACGCGACCCCCGAACUCAUAGGUCCCGAUGGAGAUCCCGAAGGAUGGCAGACGUGCGAUCCGGUGGUGACGCAGGGAUCACUAUUCGGGGAAAGAGAGGUGAAGGUAGUGGCCAAGCUGUCGCUGGCGAAGCCGCUGAGCUAUACCCGAGGAUCGGUCGUACCUCUCUUCCUCUGGCUCGAGUCCGCCGACGAGCAGGCAUUGGAUCUUCUUUCCACGCCGUCCGCGCCUGCGGUUGAUUUGGUCGUUCACUUCGACUUCCAGUCGAAAACCAUCGCCGCGUCGGACAAGUAUGAGGACGACUCUUACCACCACCACAAGAUGACCUUAGCGACUGCGCGCUGGUGGACGCCGCCUGGAGAUCACACGGUUAUCAACGGCAAGCGCGUGCUGCAGGGAGAGCUGCACCUGGCACCGGAGCUCGUACCGAGCUUCGUAUUCUCGUCCCUAAGCGUUUCUUAUUGGAUAACGGUGUACAACUUUGAAGCCACUGGGUACAAGUCGCAGAACGACGGUGUGAAGGAGAGCGGCCUCACUGAGCUGCUCGCCCAGAGGGUGGAAGUUGCAACGGUCUGGCCCGAUGGUCCGCGCCCCCACUGUUUCACGCCGCCGGCGUACGGUCCGCCAAAGAGGCAGAUCGGUCUGGGCGGGUUCUAUUGGUGGGGCGGCGACAAACCGUACGAAGCAUGA